AUGACUCAAGCCUACACAAACGAUCAUUCUCAGUCGGUUCUACAGACUCACUCCUGGCGCGAUGCUAAUAAUUCGGCAUCCUACCUUCUCCCUCAUCUGCAGCCGAACAUGAGCAUCCUUGAUGUUGGCUGCGGUCCAGGCUCUAUAACCAUAGACCUGGCGCGAAAAGUUCCGUUCGGGCAUGUUGUGGGCGUGGAAUACGUGCCCGAUCCAUUAGAUGGAGCACAAGUGCUUGCCACCUCCGAAGGAGUGUCCAAUGUCAGGUUUCAAGUCGGCGACAUACACGAUCUGCCGUUCCCCGAAAACACCUUCGAUGUUGUUCACGCACACCAAGUGUUGCAGCAUAUUUCUGACCCAGUCCAGGCGUUCAAGGAGAUGCGGCAACUGAUGGCCUGGCGGGAUCUUCAGGUCCGUAUUCGACAAGCUAAAGGCAACCAUAUAAAAGCCGGGAGUCAUCUUCACGUUUGGGCGAAAGAGGCUGGCUUUGCUUUGGAGAAUAUGAAAAAGAGUACUGGAUCCUGGUGUUUCAGCCGUCCCGACGAACGGAAAUACUGGGGCGGUUCGAUGGAAGAGAGAGCCCGGUCAUCUGGGCUUGCAAAGAUCGCAAUUCGGGAAGGAUUUGCUACGCGAGAAGACUUAGACCGUAUGGCAACGGCGUGGAGGGCCUUUGUGGAGGAUGAGAAUGGGUGGCUAGGAUUUCUACAUGGACAGAUUCUCUGCUGGAAGUGA